AAAUUUUUCCGGCACCGGUAGAGCCGUUGAUCGCCGGUGUCCAGAGCUCUCUCCCUCACGGCGAUCUCUUCUCAAAGGUUUUAUCAUUUGGAGUUCCUUAUUGUCUGGUUUCCUCCUGUUUCAAACCUCUUUCCUCCCCUUAAAUCCAAAAAUUAUCACGACCACCCUACUUUCGAACUUGCUCUCUGGUGCUAGUUCUUCCCUCAACCUUCCCGCAAUCCUCGUGGUUUACCCGCUUCAUCUGCUCUCCUUGAAGCCAAGUUCAGCAUCUCCCUGCUCCCCUUUGGAUCGGAGCUCUGCUUUGGCGCCGACGCUAGUGAAGCACCCAACCAUGGAGAAUCCAACUUCUGUAGAUCGCACCUCAUCUCCAGCAUUUGAUUGGUUAGAUCCGGUCCCUGAAGCAAGCAAAUUGGUAGCCAAAAACCCCAAGUCCGAUCUGCUGUCGAUGGUGAUGAAGAGAAGAAGCAAUAGGCGGCUAGACCUAAUUCAGCUUCAUGUCUCUCACUUUGGGCCUAGCCCUUUUCACUUAGGCUCUCCCUACAGCCCAUUACCCAACCUUUUGGAAGCCCAAGAAGAGUUCUGCUGAAUCAAGCCCAUCUCUUCUAUGGCCCAGGUCUGCUUUUAAUUUUGUUUUGUCAAGCCCAAUUUUACAGAAGCUUUUAUCGGUUAGGAGUAGUAGUGGACGCUUUCCUGAGAUAAUGGUGAUGAAGUUAGAUUGAAUUUGCAGCUCUAUUUCAUGAAUCUUGGUUGUUAGCCUAGUUUGCUUGGUCCUUUUGCCUCAUUGUUCAAAUCUGAAUUUGAAUCGUCUAGGGUUAGUUUCUCUGUGGAAGUGUCCUAGAGUUUUGAUACCCGUGUCAAGUUGGCUUAAUUUUCUAUCAAGUUUCCUCCCUUUAGCACCCUCUGACUCUGAUUUGGCUGGUUGUGGACGCCACGCUAACAGAGUAAUGGUUCCUUUAGAUUGGUCUGAUAGUUACCUUUGUCGAGUUCAGAUGUUAAGUUUAUUUUGGACCCUACCCGAGAUCCUCUUCCCCACCUAUUGCCUUUUGCCCUUUACAGUGAAGAAGAUUGACAUUAUGAUACCGCCUCUACGGAGUGGGUAUUACCAAAGAUUUUUCACCUCUCUACCUACCCAUUCACCAAUUAUCGAGUUCAGUCAUGUGUUAAUAUAUUGCUUGGAUAAUUUGCAAUCCUCUGUUUGUUUGGGAAAGUACGGCAUUAUGACCAUGUCUUCAAGAGGUGGUUACCGUCUCUUUCUCAACCUCGUUAACCCGUCAGCCUCCUCCGUGGAGCACCUUUUCAAAAGCUCAGAUGCAUUGUUUGCAAGAGCUGCUUAUGAUCACUUGGUGGUCGAGGAUUUCGCGAAGCUCGCCUUCAUGCUUAUAUAUUAUACAUUUAAACUUUCGGAUGCGACUGGUCAACAACUCUUGGAUAGACAUAUUGCCAUUGAUGCUUCUUGCUGUAGGUGUGGAGAGCCGGAGACUAUUCUUCACAUGUUGUUUCACUGCCAGUUUGCGCAGUUAGUGUGGAGUCCGACACCGUUUGCAAGACACUGGGCAAGUGUUGGAGCAGGGAGUGUUCGAGAAGGCUUGAUCACCGGUUGUAAGCUUGCAUGUCUACCGCCGACUGGAAUUGCUUCGGGGCCUUUAGCUCCUUGGAUCUGCUGGAGUCUAUGGAAAUCAAGGAACCAAAAAGUGUUUAGUACCAGGUUCUUCACCCCAGAAGAAACUUUGUUAAAGGCUAUCACGAAUGCUAAGGAGUGGCUGGCAGCUCAAGGCAAAUCACCUGACGGAUCAUGGCGCAAUGAUCUAAAGGCAGCUGGCUUAGGGUGGACCUUCACCAAUCCGGCUGGUCUUACCUCUCAUCAUUCUGCUCUUUGCAAGAAUGUAUCAUCACCUUUCAUGGCGGAAUCUUUGGCCUGUGGAGCUGUUGUCUUGGAAGCGGUCAGGGCAGGGGCGGAUAGCUUCCUCCUAGAAUCUGACUAUCAACAAUUGGUCGUCGCAAUCAAUGCCCGAUUAGUUUUAUUGGAAGUUCAUGGAAUCAUUUCAUAUAUCUUCCUUAGCAUUGGUAGAUUUUCUCACUUCUUAUGUCGCUUCAUUCCUCUGUCAACUAAUGUUGUGGCUGAUUCACUUGCUAAACAAUGUCUUAGUUUGUACGGACAAAACAUUUGUUGA